AUGCCAAUCAAACUGCCAAAGGGCUUUCAGAGACGAAAAUCUUCGGGCAAUGCCUUGGAGGAGGCACAUCAUCCUCCCGACUCUUCCUUUAGAGUCCUGGAGAGGCCGGCAAGCAAAGGAAAAUCUUUCGAUGGCGGCGCGUCCUUAAGGAUGGGUACGCCAGGUCCCCCAAGGCCUCCACCCCAAAACCACUUUGAGCAUGAAGAGGAAGAUAUCUUUGCACCAGGUCGUCACGAUGCAAGCAACCGUGGGAGUGGUGGCACUGAGCGCUCCCAUUCCACUGCCCCGAACGACAGUGCCGCCUCUUCUACCCGUCUCAGUACUUCUUCUACCAAUCCCUCCUCCAUUGAUACGAGAUCAGACAAAAUUGUACACGGCUCCGGAUCGAGACCAUAUAACGACAUACCCGUGCCGCUACCUGCAUCGGCCAGACCAGGUUUCCUUCGCAAUCCAACACGAACCUGUUCCUUUGGCGUGACGGGGGACGAUCGACGAUCGCCAACUUCGUUCUCGCCUGCCGGCAUACCUCCCCUAGUUGAUAACGGCAGAAAUAGAGCAACGACAACAAGCACAACCAGUACGGCUACGCCGCCUCGAUUGUUUGAUUCCGACCUUGCGCUUGAAAAUCCCGAAUUGGAUGGCUUCGGAAACAUGUUCGACCAUAUCGGGUCUAGCCCUGACACGGCCCCCGUCCGGCUUAUACAACAAGAAGAUACUGUUUCUUCUCCAACAAGUUAUCCUCCAACUAGCUACCCCGCCGCCAUUCCCAUCCGCUCUGGCAGGGCCCCGGCCCCCAAACCAAUCACGACCGACCGUACCCAAGUUGUCGAAACGUCCCCCUAUUCAUGGACCUCUCAUGAUUCCCGUGAAGGAUUGAUGCGGUCUCCCAGCCCUUCAAAGACCAUUACCGAAGUCAGCCCUGCGAAGGCGAACGAGAACACCGCUCCGAACAUAAGCCAGAAUCCAAUGCCACGGUCUAAGUUGCCUUCCAGAAAGCCUGUGGGCCAAAGGUCGCUCACACAAAAGGAGGAUGUACAACCGCCACCUCUUCAACAGACGAGAUCAACAGACAGCAACCUCCUCUCGACAAGUCCAGCCAGAGAAAUGGAAAGAGGGACGUCGCCAAAUUCUACGCACAGUGCAACAUUGGAUCCCACCAUUGCGGCUGAUGCACAACUUGCCCAUAUGUACGAGGAGUCUAAACCGGCUCCACCAAAACCAGCUCCCUCGAACAAGGUCAUGACGCCGGCACAAUGGGAGCGUUAUAAACAGGAGAAAGAAAUGGAUCGCAGGCUGGGUGCCCUCUCUGACGACAGCAGUUCUGAAGCAGGUGACAAUUACGAGGAUGAGGACGAGGUAGAACGUGAUCGUCAGGUUGCAAAGCAACGGCGGAAACAAGAGGCCCAUUUGGCUGUGUACCGCCAGAAGAUGAUGAAGGUCACGGGAGAAACACCUCCGCCUCGAGCAGAGAGCUCUCUCAACGUGAUGCGGUCGAGAGAAGGAAGCUCGGGUGACCUCAACAACCGACUUUCGCAUCUGACCGUGGAAUCGAAGCAGUCCGGUAAAAGUAGCGGAGACGAUGAGGAUGAAGAUGAGGAUGUACCACUCGGUAUUCUUGCAGCACACGGAUUUCCGAACAAGAACAGGCCUCCAACACGGUUGGCUCAUUCCCCCUCGAAUUCCAACCUACGAAGUGUCGGCCAGGCGCAACCCGCGCCCUCCGCGGCCAGUCAAGCUCCGAAAGAGGGCAAUUUACCUGUCUUUGCUCGACAUUUACCUCAGGACCCGUAUUAUGGAGCCAGCCUGGUCAACCCUUCGAAUCGCGAAUCUCUGGCAUUUCAUCCUGUUAGUCCUUCUUUGGGAGCAGGUCCUUCGACUGCUCAUCCAGUACACCCAGCAGGACUGGUGGGCGUCAUUGCUGGAGAGGAGAGGGCACGGGCCGCCAGAAGAGGUAGCCCAAAUCCUUCAGGAGGCUAUGACAUGCCUGGACUGCCGCAACACCCCGGAAUGGCGAGAUCACAAACCACCGGCAGCUUGCCCGUUAUGGGUUACCCGCCGAUGGGAAUGUCAGGGAUGCCACCAAUGAUGAGUCCCGGAGAUCAAGCUCAGAUUCGAAUGUCCCAACAAAUGACUCAAAUGAUGCAGGUGCAGAUGCAAUGGAUGCAGCAAAUGCAACAAAUGAUGGGCAGACAAUUCAAUCCCAACCCGGAUAUAGCGCCCCCUCAGUUUGGACAGCAAAAUUUCCCCGAUCAAGGGCCGAGACCUCCGUCGAUCCCAAAUGCCUCCGGUCCCCAACCUGGGCAAAGGACAAUGAGCACUCUCAACCCGAGUAUGGCCCCGUGGAAUUCUAACCCAUCAGUUGUUCCCUCCAUCAAUGUCAACGGCAACUAUGCCCCUUCGAUCGCGCCAUCGGAGCGCAGCAACAUUGGCCUUGCUUCUAGAUACAGGCCCGUGUCGACCGCCCCUGAGCCUGAUAAUAUAUCUCCUCGGCGAGCCUCCACAUUCACAUCUUCGAGUUUCCGGCCCUGGUCCCAAACAGAUAAUACCCCUCGAGUUCCAAUGCACGCCAUGAAGCCUUCAGUGAACACCAUUGGCCGAAGGUCACCUUUGGCCAACCAGGACGACGAAGAUGACGAGCAAGGAUGGGCCGAGAUGAAGUUAAAGAAAGAUAAGAAGCAAAAAACUUGGGCUCUUCGAAAGGGGCAGAAUGCCCUUCAAGAAUUGUACACCAACGCAGCGUAA